GCUGGUCAAGUCAGGCCUAUUUUAAAUUUCAGUCUUCACCUGUAUGGAGGAACACUAUUGUCUCUGAGAGGGUAACAAAUUCAUUGUGUUAUCAACUCUACACCUCCCAGAUCGAUCAGGAACGGCAUACUCCAUAUCUUACUAGCCGGGGAUUAGACUUACCCUCCUCUAAACCAUUUUUAUUUUUCAUUUCCUUCCGCGCUUUUGCUUCCUCAAAGGUAGACAACAUCAAUGCUAUUGCAAUUAAAAGCCAGCAAGGAGCUCAUAAUAUCUAUGUUAUCAGUAAUGUAUAUCAUGCCAUGUUAUUCGAAGUUGUUAUUUUAACUUCGCCUAAUAUCGUUAUUCCAUACUUUUUUCUUGUAGCUCAUGUCUUUCCCCUCAGGCCCUCUUUUCCUCCAUUUCCCUCUUUUCCUUUCUACACUUUUGGUUCCUUUUUUAUUUCUCCUAUCUAUACAUAGCGGUGCGCUACAUGUAUCGCAUAGAUAGUUUUCGAUGAACCGUUCUGAUGCUGCUCUUACUAGGACUUAGUACUUACUCCCUACCAUCGUUCGGUAACUUGUGCGUCAGGACUCAGGACCCAUCUAACUUUGGAGCUAAAAGAACAUCGGUGCCGGAGCCGACCUCACCUUCCACCGUUUAGUGGAAGCCAGCAUCUGGGGAAUGGGCUUGACUUCGUAUCACAUCCAGCCUAUGAUGUUGUCGAUGUCCUCCCCACCUAAGCUUCGUGAUCCAUAAAUUCCUAGGAGCCAACUGUUGUGGGCAGCAAGCACAACAGCGAGCAUUGCUAGUGGCUUAAUACACGGGGUUGGAAGAUCGCCGCUAGGAUCACCGUUAUCCUGAACGUUUUCGGUUCGAAGGCCCUUGGCUAGGGUAAAUAUUCACUACUUCCGUUCCUCAUACUAGUUAAAUUACCAAAGUUGUGAGGGCGACGAACAUUUCCUAUAACUUCCACAUUUUAUUUUUGUUGCCGCCCAAUCUAUUUCGAGUGGGGGAAAGACGUCAGAAGUACUUUUAUUUUAUCACUUACAGUGUCCCUCACCCAAACUAAGUUCGCUUGAUAAGAAUGAUGGUGUACUCCGUAAAGGGCGAAAGAAAGUUUAUGUAUGAGAUAUUAUAAGCUUCUAACCUCCGCGCCCCGUUUUAUUGGAGCGCAAAGGCCACACAUAUUACGACGGUUUUGACAAAUAAGGACAAGUGGCCUAGCUUGGAUUGCGUGCCUCGCUAAUUAAAUCGCUGUUUCCCACAAUUUCAUUUUUCCCGAUACUGGUUUUAAGUUGUACCAUUUGUAUUAUCACAAGAUUUCAAGCCGAGGGCUGCAUACAUUCUU